UGACAAAAUAAAGUAAACAGAGCAGCUGUCAAUGGCCUCGGAAAUUCACACAGUUCCAGAAUAAAGGGACAGAAAGACAUUUGUACUUUUUACUCACAACAUCUGACGUUUUUAUGAGAAACUGCUGUGAACACUGACGAAGGGACAGGAGCGACUCUGCCCUGCGAUGUUCACAGACAUGGACUACGAGCUGGAGGAGGACAAGCUAGGGAUACCAACAGUACCUGGUACUGUGUGUCUGAAGAAAGAUCCGAACAACCUUAUUGGCAUCAGCAUUGGUGGGGGCGCCCAGUACUGCCCUUGCCUCUACAUUGUCCAGGUCUUCGAUAACACCCCAGCAGCUCUGGAGGGGACGCUGGCAGCAGGAGAUGAAAUCACAGGUGUGAACGGGAAACCAGUGAAGGGGAAGACUAAAGUGGAGGUGGCCAAGAUGAUUCAAGUUGUGCAGGAAGAAGCAACGAUCCACUACAACAAACUGCAGGCAGAUCCAAAACAGGGGAAGUCUCUGGAUAUAGUGCUGAAAAAGGUCAAACAUCGGCUGGUAGAGAAUAUGAGCUCAGGCACCGCAGACGCUCUGGGACUCAGCAGAGCUAUUCUCUGCAACGAUGGACUUGUCAAAAGACUGGAAGAGCUGGAGAAAACAGCAGAGCUCUACAAAGGGCUGAUGGAGCACACGAAGAGGCUGCUCAGAGCUUUUUUUGAGCUUUCUCAGACUCACAGAGCGUUUGGUGACGUUUUCUCUGUCAUCGGCGUUCGAGAGCCCCAGGCGGCGGCCAGCGAGGCGUUUGUGAAGUUUGCUGAUGCUCACCGCAACAUUGAGAAAUAUGGAAUUCAGCUGCUAAAGACCAUUAAACCCAUGCUCCAUGACCUGAACACGUACCUUCACAAGGCCAUACCGGACACGAAGCUCACCAUCCGCAAGUACCUGGACGUGAAGUUUGAGUAUCUGUCGUACUGUCUGAAGGUGAAGGAAAUGGACGAUGAAGAAUACAGCAGUAUUGCCAUCGGAGAGCCCAUGUAUCGCGUGAGCACCGGUAACUACGAGUACCGCUUGGUGCUGCGGUGUCGGCAGGAGGCCCGGGCCCGCUUCGCCAAAAUGAGGAAGGACGUCCUGGAGAAGAUCGAGCUGCUGGAUCAGAAACACGUCCAGGACAUCGUGUUCCAGCUGCAGCGCUUCGUCUCCGGCAUGUCGCACUACUACGACGAGUGCUACGCCGUCCUGAAGGAGGCGGACGUGUUCCCCAUCGAGGUGGACCUCUCCCGCACCAUGAUCAACUACUGCAGCCAGUCGCUGACCUACACGGAAGAUGAAGAGGAGGACGAGGACGGAAGAGGCGGAGAGGAAGGAGGCGGCAGCAGCGCAGACGGUCAAACAGAGAACGGCGCAGAGAAACUGAUCGAUGAUGAAUGAGAGUGUGUGUGUGUGUGUGUGUGUGUGUUCUUGUGGAGAUGAAGUCCAACAUUUCCCCCAGCAGUGAUCUUUGCAGUGCAAUACGGCAGCAGGAAUGGUUAGAAGUGUUUUGGAAAGGUGGAAACUACUGAAACUAGCUGAUAUCACUUGGUAAGCUUCUCUGGUGGUGUUUUACCAGAACACAUUUUGAUUCUCAGCUUUUCUCCUUUGCUUUGUAACACGACUGUCUUUCACAAAAUGAGGUCAAAACAGAAGGAAACUGUAUCUGAAGCUGUGGAGUAUAAACCAAUAUGAGUUGUGCCUUGGUAGCUUUUAGUUUACUGAAGUGAAAUGGAUCUGAGCUGUUAUACUUUAACUUUUACAUUUUGAUUUUAUUUUUUGCAGCAUCAAAGUUAGAAGGAACUUAUUUAGCCUCAAAGUAAAAUAUUAUUUUGAGGUGAGCAGUGUCACAACAAGGAAAUGAUUUUCUCCUCCCCAUAACAGAAACUGGGAAAUGAAACUGGUGUUGAAGUAGGUGACUGGCGCAGACAUGACGUCAUGGUGGAUUGUAGGAUACCAUCACUACCUGUAAAUACGAAAAAGCAGAACGGCUUUAAAAAUCACUGGUGUUGUAUUUUUUCUCUCUCGUCAUUCCAACUUUAUUUAUUAUACUUUUCAAAAUAUACUUGAAAGUUCUAAAGGGAAAAGAUUGAUUCCAUAUAACAGAGAAUAUAAUUAUUUAAUCGUGUGUAAUCUGUCUUUUAUUUUGUCUUCUGAGGAUUAAGAUGAUUUUGUGCAUUCUCAUGAUUUGCUUUGUAGUUUGCGGCGACCAGCGGGGGGG